AAGGAACUGAAUCUGUAGACGAAGGAAGUAACGAUUGUGUGAAAAUGGACGCGAGUAUGAUGGCUGGAUUCGAUGGUCUUCCUGAAGAAGAUAAAGCCAAAAUGGCCUCUAUGAUUGAUCAGCUUCAGCUACGUGAUAGCUUGAGGAUGUACAAUUCAUUGGUCGAGAGGUGUUUUGUGGACUGUGUUGAUAGCUUCACACGCAAAUCUCUGCAGAAACAAGAGGAGACUUGUGUUAUGCGUUGCGCUGAGAAGUUCCUUAAGCACACCAUGCGUGUUGGUAUGCGGUUUGCCGAGCUCAAUCAGAACGCACCAACCCAAGACUGAUAAUGUCUGCUUCCUUCAGUUUUGUUGUUGGUACAGUUUAUGAGUCAUAAACCAGAAUAAACCAUAAUAUUGAAAUUGAUACAUAGGAAAUAGGAUAAUAUAAAGAUUUUGAAUCUUAGAUUUACAAAAAUUGAAC